AUGCUUCGUGGCCUGAUCCACGGGUCUGGUGGCCUGACCCACGGGUCUGGUGGCCUGACCCACGGGUCUGGCGGGAUGAUCCACGGGUCUGGUGGCCUGACCCACGGGUCUGGUGUCCUGACCCACGGGUCUGGUGUCCUGACCCACGGGUCUGGCGGGAUGACCCACGGGUCUGGCGGGAUGACCCACGGGUCUGGCGGGAUGACCCACGGGUCUGGUGUCCUGACCCACGGGUCUGGUGGCCUGACCCACGGGUCUGGCGGGAUGACCCAUUGGUCUGGCGGGAUGACCCACGGGUCUGGCGGGAUGACCCACGGGUCUGGUGUCCUGACCCACGGGUCUGGUGGCCUGACCCACGGGUCUGGCGGGAUGACCCAUUGGUCUGGCGGGAUGACCCACGGGUCUGGCGGGAUGACCCACGGGUCUGGCGGUCUGACCCACGGGUCUGGUGUCCUGACCCACGGGUCUGGCGGGAUGACCCACGGGUCUGGUGUCCUGACCCACGGGUCUGGUGGCCUGACCCACGGGUCUGGCGGGAUGACCCAUUAG